AUGGAAAAUAUAAAUAAAGAAAUAAAUAUACAAAAUUCAUUGUUGGGAAAAAGAGAAAUAGUUUCAAAAAUUAAAUUUUGGCCAAAGCUCAAAACAAAUAAAAAAGAUAAAAAAGAAAUUAUACCUCUAAAUUUUGUAUCAAAUGAAAAAGAUCAUCUUGGUGCUUUUAAUCUUUUUUUUACCAAAGACCCAGAAAAAUUAGAAUUUAAAACUGACUAUAAAUUAAAUUUUGAAAAUGCCAAUAUAAAUAAUAAAUCAGUUGUAAUAUACUCAAUACCUGUGUCAAGUAAAAGUACCCAAUUCGAUCAAUAUAAACAUGAAAUAGAAGAGCUCCAAAAAAGUUAUAAUCAAGUAAUUCUUUUUAUUUGUUUACCCUCAGAACAAUUUUCAUCAUUUAGUUUUGAAGAAUUUAAUGGUACUCAAAUAAAUUUUAUACUAAAACUAGGAGUUAUCCAUGAUAAUAGUUUUAAUCAAAAAUCAUUAAAUUCAUUUUAUAAUAAAAUAAGUGAAAUUUUAAAAUAA